AUGGAUAUUCACAAGUGGCUGAGCGAGACUGUGCUUCCGCAGCAACCUCCAAGCCCGCCUGAACAACGAGAAUAUCAUCAUGCUCCGUGCUCAGAACAACCAGAACGGAUCCCGAAGGACAAGCGCAGACGAAAACAAAGCACUUCGGACAGUUCGUUGCUCGAUGUCCCCCCGCAGCGCAAGAAAAGGCCAACCUCGGGACGAGUACCCUCGCUCAAGAAAGAGGCAGACGAGACUGACCACACGGAUGCAUCCCACUCCCCAAGUCGCUCCGCAAGCAGCAUAUCGAGCGAGCCUUUCAGACGCAAACCCCGUCGCAAGACACGCCCCGAGCGGUACGAGCCAGUGCUCAAGGAUGCAAAGGAGCGGGGACUGCAUACCCAGCGGCGCGACAAGGGCGAAUCAAAGAGGGCAAGGCGCAAAUCCAGACGCAUGAAGGCCAACAAUCCGGGCAGUGGCAUGGUCCAGGGCUUCCAGGCCAAGAACGUCCCCCAGGAUCGACUGACCGUGAGAAGCACCCCUGUGAGCAGAAGCUUACCCGACUUGGUCUUCUCAGAGAUGAAGUUCUUGCAGAAACACAAAGACAAAACAGGAGUCGGUCCACUGUCGGGGUCGCCGAAGAAGCAGCGAAAGAAAGAUCAAGCACACGCGAAGGAGGAGGAGAUCUCCGCGUACUUCACUUCUGUGCGACCGGCACUAGCGGAGCAGGAACUGAACAUCCAAACGAAGAAACCCUCUCCCAAGAAGCUGCGCGAGGCUGAUAGCGGACGCCGGGGCCCGCCUCCUAUUGUCGAUGAAGCUGUCCCGACAGUUGAACCGGCGGACCAGACACCAUACUCAGGGUUGGAAGGGGGAGGGCCACGCCAUGAGAGCAGAAGUUAUAUUUCAUGGUCAGAGUCUACAUUUGGCGGAUGGCAGAGUUGGGCGAUUUCAGGUUUCGUCUCUGCCCCCGACAAAUGA